GUUGAAAUCAGUCUUCAGUUGAAAAGAUUGAACAAAAAAAUAAUAAAAUUAAUACUUGUAAAACACGAUUGGUUGUUAUUUUUUAGUCGUUCCUUUGAAAAUUGUUGUUUUUUUAGAUGCCUUUACAUAAGGUUGUGACGUUUUCGAGGUUGGUUACUCAAUGCAGUCGGUCCAGCUCACUUUUGUUGAGUAAAACCCAGCAAUCCCACAGUUGCAGAUUCAUCACUCUAGAGAACCCAAAACAUGCCAACCAAUUUAAAAAUGAGAAACUCCGAACGUACAUUGUCGAACGAUACAUCCAAUAUGUCAAAGGUUACACUAAAGUGCUGGAAAACAGGUUCCCGAGAGCCAUGCAAAUGUACAGGGUAUUCAGCGUUGGCAUUAAGGAUUUCCUGAAAGAUUUGAAGAGAUAUAUUGGUUUACGAAUAAAAGUGGCCAGGGAGCAGGGCUUCAGCAACAUGAGUCGGCAGGAUAUUGAGCUGUACCAAAAAAUGCCUUCAGACAUGCUGAGAAUAGCACCGGUGUUGAUAUUGUCCGCCAUACCCUUCGGGAACUAUGUGAUAUUUCCUUUAGCCUUCCUUAAACCACGGAUACUUCUCUGCUCACACUUCUGGUCGAUACAGCAGCGCUCAGAAUUCACUACACAAGAGCUGACCGAACGACUCCGAAACAACAAGCCAGUAUUCAGAGCACUGCAGGCAAAAUUGGACUCUAUCGCUGACAGCGAUUUGAAGGAUAAAUGGGCGAGAGUUAUUGGGCUGUUAGGGUCGGGAGUCCAUCCGUCGGUGGUGGACAUACUGGCUUGUAAGGAACUGUUUGCAAAGGAGCCUUAUAGUCUGAAUAGUUUGACCUAUGCACACACAGGCCAUCUUCUAAAAAUGUACGGCCAAAGACGCGGUAUUGUCCGGGUCUCCAAGCUCAAGCACAAAGCGUUCAUGCUCCUCCAGUUAGACCGAGCGAUCCUCCGCGAAGGAGGCGUCAACGAGCUAUCAACCGAGUCCUUAAGAUACGCCUGCCACUUGCGGGGCCUUAACAGCAGCCAUUUGACUAACAAAGACAUGAGGAAAUGGCUAGAGAAGUGGCUGUCGAUAUCGCAACAUGUCGAUAAAAGUACUUAUUCGCUGCUGCUGCACUGUCCUAUAUUUUUAGCUUAUAACCAUCCACAGAAUUGGAUGUUGAUAUAUUAGUGGUCUUAGCUUCAUAGCCCGGCUACCUGCCAGUAUUGUUUAAUAUCCCGUGAGUCCCAGCUAACUCAAUACAGGUAAGUAUAGCAUACAUAACUAGUCAUCACAUGGGGGCAUGUUUACACAUGGCUUAAUAUAUUGUGAGUUCAUACACUUGCUACAUGCGUUUAGUGGCAAAGGUAUGAAAUCGCAAUAAACACUUGCCAAGAUGUAAACAUGCCACAAUGUCAACACUUGUUAUAUAUGCAAUACUUAUUCAGAUUAUUCAGAAUUUAUGAGACUUAAGUGACGUUUUCUGAAGUUUAUUUAAUGAGAAUAUAAUAGUAUUAUAAAGUUGAUUAUCAUUAGUUUAAAUUAUCCAGUUUUAUUUUUGAAUGUAUAUUUGUAAACAAUUAAUUUUUUUUAUUAAACUAGACAUGAGCCUAUAAUAUCCGUAUAUCGACAAAGGCUUGCUUUGUAAGUUUAGUUAUAUACAUAGUAUUUAUAUUGUGAUUGUGUGAUAACUAAUUUAUUUGUUGGUUCAAAACCACUAACCUCUCUAAAGAGUUGCUGUUACUAAAAUAAAUAUGUUAAAUUCACUGUGCUAUUUAUUGCAUAAGUAAAAUUUAAUUCAAUUGUUCUAUAUU